CGAGCAAGUUGUUUUAUGGAUGGGAUAUCAAAUGUGGGAGUGCUGGAUGAUCCGGAUUUAAGUUUCCCCCAGUUGUGGCAAAUUUUAUUAAAAUUAAAUCCCCCUCGUCACGUCCACUUGCAUCCUUUUCAUGCCGACGACAGCAGUGUUUCUAAGAUUUUUUUAUUCUUUUACGGAUUUGUAACGUCGUUGAAGUCGCUGUUGCCUAGUGUUGCGAAAGCUCCUGAAAUUGAGAUGAACGGACUGGAAAAACUGGGAACUGCUCGAUGUCCAUUGGUCACCAAACAAAACCCCUUGCAACAUGACUAUACCAUAACCGAUACUGUCCUAGGACUGGGUAUUAAUGGUAAAGUGGUCGAGUGCUAUGACAGAAAAACAAGACAGAAAUAUGCUCUCAAAGUGCUCCGAGAUUCCUCUAAAGCGAGACGGGAGGUGGAGCUUCAGUGGCGGGCUAGCAAUUGUAAGCACAUUGUCAAUAUUGUAGAUGUUUAUGAAAAUGUCCAUGGGGGAUACAAGUGCCUUCUUGUUGUCAUGGAAUGCAUGGAGGGAGGAGAACUCUUCCAGCGCAUCCAAGAUCGAGCUGAGGGUGCAUUCACGGAACGUGAGGCUGCUGAAAUAAUGCGGGAAAUCUGCAUAGCUGUAGCCCACCUUCAUAGGAUGAAUAUUGCUCACAGAGAUUUAAAACCAGAAAAUUUGCUCUACUCUUGCUCAGAUCCUUCUGGAAUUUUGAAACUUACAGAUUUUGGCUUUGCAAAAGAGACGACGAAUUUCAAUUCCCUUCAGACGCCAUGCUACACUCCAUAUUAUGUCGCGCCGGAAGUACUUGGACCCGAAAAGUAUGACAAGUCCUGUGACAUGUGGUCCCUUGGCGUCAUUAUGUACAUUCUGCUGUGUGGCUUCCCUCCAUUCUACAGCAACCAUGGCUUGGCCAUCUCACCUGGGAUGAAAAAACGUAUUCGAGCGGGUCAGUACAAUUUCCCUGAUCCUGAGUGGGAGAAUGUCUCUGCAGAUGCAAAGGAGCUCAUUAAAGGUUUGUUGCGCACUGAUCCAGCAAAGAGAUUAAGCAUUGAGGAUGUCAUGAGCAAUAACUGGAUUGCACAAUUCACCGAAGUGCCUCAAACUCCCCUUCAUUCUGUACGGGUAUUAAGAGAAGAAGAGUACGCAUGGCCUGAUGUACAGGAGGAAAUGACUAGAUCACUUGCAACCAUGCGAGUAGAUUAUGACACGGUGCACCUCAAGAACUUGGAUAAAACUAACAACUUGCUUCUCAACAAACGGCGGCAACAUCCCAAGUGAUCAGCAUUUUCUUGUUUGGCAAGAGCCUACAAAAUGGAAAAGAAACACCGAUUGGAAGGAGACCACAUCUUCCAUUCUGUAUGUCUCAUGAAUCCGUUCGUGAUCCGUCUUGGGAUUUUCCUUUACCACAAAAAAUUUAUUGGAUAGGUGAUUUUGCUUACAAGUUGCUGUUUCUAUCGUUCUUCUGUAAUGUCGAUGAUGGUAAUUUGGGGGCGUUCCACAUUGUGUGUUGGAUGCAUUAAAAAUCUUAGGAGGCUGAGGGCUUUUAAAACAGGUGACAAAAAUCCAUUAAAAUUCCUUUUGAAUGUCACUACAAUGACCACCUAAAAUGGCCUUUAGGUUUGUCUUCACAUGGUGCGGAAUGUUCCUUUGGCAUAUGGUUGAGUCUCUCCAUAAUGAAAUUGUUUAGUUUCAAGUAAAAAUAUAUAUUGUAACUUUAUCAUAAUGAAUAAUGAGGCAAUCAAUGCAACAAUUUUUAGUGUAAGUUACCUAUAUGUAAGUUACAUAUAUAUAAUGCACUUCCAUGUUUUUAAGACAGGUAGAAAUCUAAGAAUUAAACAACCAUAAUUUAAAUUUACUGCUACCUUCAUUUAAAACCUUUAUUGACAUUGAAUUUGCAAUCAUUGAGUUUGUAGCAAAUUACUCAUAGUUUUCAAAGGAAACAAAUUACACCCGAACUAGAAGAUUUUUUGCUGUCAAAUUUGUACUUGCACACUUAUUAUAGUACACAAGAAAGGAACUAACUAAUAGAUGUAUUCUACCCCAAAAUUUGGAAAAUAUGAUGUGUAUAUGAAAUGCUUUUGUAGAUAUGAAUAUUUUUGCUAUAAAAAUGAAAAGUAUCUUUGAAGAAAUAAAACUAAAAAAAAAUGUAUUGAACUUUUUUUUAUCAAGUGAAAAUAAAUUUAAAAGUAACUGAAAAAAAAUAAAUGGUUCAUAAUAAUAAUAAAAAAAAGAUGUAAAAAUAUGUAUAUGAAAUUUUGUCUAGGAGAGGCUCUACCAUUGUUUUAUCUGUAUCUUUUUAGAAUUUGCUUUUUUGAAUUUAAAUGCUAGGUUCAUAUUUUUCUUUAAUAUAGAUCUUGUGAAGAUACAUUGAGUGAUUUAAAAGGCAAAACUUAUUGAAUAAAUACUGCCAUGAUUGAUGACUGCAAUCAAAAUAUCAAGUGCAAUUGUAAUAAUAUUCAUUUAUACAUGUAGUAAUGUUAUGGUCUCAAUGAUCAAAUUGUUAUUUUUGUCUUCGACAUUGUAGAAUUUUAUGUUGUUAGGUGUUUAAAUUUUUAAAUAAUAUUUAUUGUGAAUUUUAUUAACAUGUAAAACGUUUGGAAUGUUCCACAACCUGAAUUAUUCUAUUCAAUCGGAAUAUCAUUUUCAAAUGUUCAAUUAUUUAGAUAAAAAUAAUUAGUUUUAAUAAAAUGUUUCUCAAUGUUUCUAAUAUUUUUUAUAUGAAUGAAAUACAGAUCAAGCCAUUUUCCAAAACUAAAAUGUUGUAUUAAGUAAAUUAAUGUGGAAGUUUUACUUCGAAAUUGUCAGUCUUGUAUCAACACCUUGUUAUAUGCAAUUCUUUGUCAUUUCUUCUACCUAUAUUUCACUUUGGUCCGAAGUAUCUUCUACUUUUUCCUUACAGCAUUGGAACAUUUGUUGUACAGAUAAUGUAUAUAUAAUAUUUGUGUUUUUGUGUGAAUAUCAGUCCGGUUGCAAUAGUUACAUUGAGAUUUUUGUUUUUUAAUAGAAUGACAAUCUUUAAAAGAACUGUUGAAUUCUGUAAAUGUCUGCAAAAGGUCAUGUAUAUGCCCGCCCCCCCCCCCCCCCCUUAAAAAACUUUGCAGUUUGUCUUUUAAGUCUUCUUCCCCUUGCAUUGCUAAAAAUUUAUUUUCUUUGAUAUCUUCAUUUUAUGUAAUCCUCUUAUUUGAAUGGUAAAGUGUAAAAUGUUUCUUGUUUCCCAUUAUUAAGAUUUGAAUUGUACCUAUUACAUUGCUUUUAAAGCUAGUAUUCGGAAAAAAAUUCUGUUUUCUUGUAAAUAUAACAAAAUGCUUUCCACUUGAUCAUGUAUAAAAAAAUUCCUACUUAUUUUGAUUUUCAAUAAUCUCGCCAAGUAUGAAGUUGCAUUGUAGUGCAAAUAUUUAUUUUUAAAGAUUUAUGUGGAAUUUUGUAUGUAUACAUAUAUAUAUAUAUAUAUGUUGUGCUAAUAAUGUGAUUGUGAGUUCUGUCUUGUAGUGGAUAUUUAGGUCAAUACAUUGAUGCUCUGGCAAUGUGCAAACUUUUCAUACAGUUAGCUGUAGUGAAUAUUUAUUUCUAGUGGGCAAAAAUUUUAUUAUGAGUAAAGAGAGAAUUUAUGCAGAACAUUGGGUGUUCUGAUAUUUGGUGUGAGGAACUUGUUUUUCAAUUUCUUUAAAGUGAUAAAUGAUGUACUUCUGACUGGAAACACACCCAGAAUAUUUUUUGUCAAAAAAAAAAAAAAAAAAAAAUGUUAAAAUUGAUUUUAAAACUCCUAACACUCCUUUUGGUAUAAUUCUCAUUAAACCUAAGAUUUGCCGUAAAAUAGUUUAGUUUGUUUAUCAAUUGAUUGUUUUGUCUUGUUCUGCAUUGUAUUUUAGGAAACAAGUUUUACCAAGUACAAAACACUUAGUUCCAAACUGUUUAGAACCUAUUUCAAUACUGUCAAUACUGUUAGGUUUGUGAAGUGCUAAUUAGGAAAAUCCUCGAAAUUAAUAGUCAUGAAUAAUUUCCAAAUUAUAUUUUAAUGACUAAUUCAUUACAAAGAAUGAAUUAAAACAAAAAUUGUUAAGAUUCAAAUUAAGGAGUUACUUGUAAGCAAAGCAGAUUUAUUCUAUUUAAUAAAUAGCUAUGUUCAUUGUCAUUAGAUAUGUCAUAAUUAGUCCUAUCAUUUGCUAAGGCUUCAACUGAAUCUCAUUAGAGAUUUUUUGACCGAAUUCAAUCACAUGAACAGAAAUGUGCCCAAUUGCACCUUCAUUGUAGAAAUAGAAUAAAAAAACUAAAACUCCUUAUAUCAUUAAGGGUAGAAUGCAGAAAUUUUUCAUCUCAUAAAAAGAGUAUAUCAAAUUUCUAUGUAUCUAAAACAUUCAUUUUAUGAUCUGUCCCAGAAUGAUUUUAUUAAAAACUGACUUUUAAUAUUGCUCUCCUGCAUUUUCAUCCGUAGCCCCCUCUUUCUGAUUUGCUAGAUUAAAAAAAUAAAUAAAUAAAAAUCUAUGAAAAUAUCAUUAGUUGAUUUGUGCCAUGAACUCCUUGUAUAAUUUUAAAACAUUUUGAGAGAUAUUUGAGGCUAGUCAAGAUUUCAAAAGCAUUAAUAUUACUGUAAUGAUUGUCUACUUAGUUAAUAAAGCAAUGUGUUUUUUUUUUUUUUUUUUUGUACAUCCCUUUAAAAUUAGAUGUUCACUUUCAAUUUGAAAUUCUCUCUCUUUUGAAAUGGUUAAAUUUCUUUGUUAUAUCAUUUUCGUAUAACUUGAUACUAGAGGUGCCGUACUGCCGAUUUUGUUUUAAUCCUUCAAGAUUGUUUUCUUAUAAAAGAAAAGUAACUGUUUAAAAAACUAAACUAGGGAUAUUUAUUUUCUAAAGAGAAAUAAGCCAAUUUGAAACAUACUUUCUCAUUAAAAAAAAUUAAUCAAUGAAAGUAUGAUUAAUCAGCUUAGAUAUACAUAAAAUUUUUUUAAAUUCCAAUUCACUACUCAAACUGUCAAUAUCAUGUAAUUGUGCUGUAUUUGUUUUUUUUUUUUUUCAUAAACUUUUUUGUAGAAUUUUCAUUUUAAUUUAAAGUAGGAUGUUUAAAGAAAUGGGAGCUUUGCUCCUCGUCAUUCCAUCUUAAAAUUAGUUCAUUUCUUCAUUCAUAAAAAUCUCCAUUGCACUUAGAAAGUUUUUUUUUUUCAACAAUCACCUGAAUUCUAUUUCAGGUCAAGUGCCAUUUGCAACCAAGAUGCUUGUAUUGCUUGUAUGAUGAUUUAAUUUUCCAAUAGUGCUUAAUAGGUGCUAUAAUUGUUAUUUGGUACAAAAACAGAAAGCUCAGCAUAUGAAAGCAGAGCAGAUAAAAUACAAGAGCUUACAGCUAUUUCAAAGCCACAAAUGCACUUUGAAGCAACUGCAUUCUCAUUUAAUCAUCGAACUUCUUGCUACUAAUGGAUGCUUAGUUAGGGCACAUAAUGUGUCUGUGUUUUUGGAAAUCUUGGUUUGAAUUUAUUUGUUUGUAUAAAUAGCUGAGAUUCAUUGUUGACUCUUGUAUAUUCUUCCAACUCUUUGUUAAAUUCUCCUGAUAUAUAUAUAUUUUGUAUGACUCAACUGUUCUAUUUUAAUAUGACUCCGUUGCAUUUUGUCUUAUUGGAAUAAUCCAGGUGAUAGGCUGACAUCCAUGUUUUCACUGCCAUCUUUUUCUUUCCCAAUACGUGUGAAGUAAUGCGUAAUAAGUUUCAUGCGUAAAGAGAUUUAUAGUCUGAAACACAAAACACCAGUCUUAUCCAUGCUCAAAAAAAAAAGUGAUUAUUUUAAAUGUUAUAACAGUUGACUACAGCAAUUCCACUUAGAGUACAAAGCCACUAGAUAACAUUGAGAACUCCACUUCAAUGUCUCUACAACUGAGACCUCAAAAAAAAUCUAUAUAUGCUUGAUUACAUUUUUCACAAUUGAAAAAAAAAAGUUUUCUUUAGAUUGGUGAAGAUAACAUUUGUUUUUGAAAUACUUCUGCGUUAUUGAUAAUCCCCUUUUUCAGUGUUAUGCAAGCUUUUCAAGGCUUUGGAAACUCCUCAAAUGUCUUGACUUGAAUAACCACUAAGCUAAAAUCUUCUUUUAAGUGACUCUAAAAGGAAGAAAAGCUUUCCCCUAGUCUUGAAACAACAGUUUGCUUCAUCGCCAAAAUUAAAUGAGGCGUUUUCAGUCUUUUAUAGGAACUUGAUGUUUUAAAAAUUUAGUUUGGAACAAUUCCUAAAGAACUUUAUUUUAUUUUUAAAAUAUUGCUUUUAAUAAUUUCCUGUACAUACUUGGAACCAUGUCUCAAACAUGAGAUGUAAACAUAAAUUAUGCGUUAUGUUCACAAAUCACAAGUAUUAGAAAUUUGAGCUAAAUUAUUUAGAUGUGGAAAGGUUUUAUGUGAAAAAAAUAGCUAAAAUAUUACAAAGUUGUCCAUGAAUUGCCUGAAACCUUCUAACAUUCAAGGCUCUGAAGAAAAAAAAGUGGUCAAGUUUUGGCGCUGAAGCAAACUUUUUUUUUUUCCAAGUCUUGAGGAAAAGCUUUUCUUCCUUUUCAAGAGUCGCUUCAAAGAAAAUUUUAGUUUUGUGGUUAUCCAAUUUUGUAUUAAAGGAGUUUCCAAAGCCUUAAAAUGAUGACUCUAAUGCAAACAUUUUAUUUUUUCAUUACCAUUAGUUAUGCUUAGCAUUUGAUUCGUACUUGAUGGGAUUUAUCAUUUAAAUUAAAAUAAAGUUCCAUGAAUUAUCUGAUGUGUUUACAUAGUGAGACGAAUGAAAAGAGAUAGAAAUGAAUACAGCCUAUCACCUGUUGUGGCAAUCAUGUGCAUCGAUCCUUUUGUGUCUUAUGAUGUACAAAUGUAAUGAUGCUAAUAAAGAUCCAUU